AUGUUGAAGUAUCUGAAGAACUCAGAGACCGCGAAAACCGAGGGUGAGUCGAAUGGCGCUAGUCCCGAUGAGUCGGACGUUGUUGGAGGACCAGAUGCGCAGUCUGAAGCGAACUCUGAUCCCGAAGCUCCCGGGAAUCGGGAGUCAGAGUUUGAGAGCGCGACAUAUGACGGAGCAAAUGAUCCGCGAUCGCGAGUCGAGGAAGGAGAUCCCGUGCCCACCGAGCUCACGGCAUCGGAGUUCUUGGACUCGAACCCCGGAGAAGUCAUCAACGAAUCUCUUGACGCUCUUAUAUCGGACCAGCCAGAGGAAAAUGGAGUUAGAAAUGAAGCCGGAACGAGCAUCUCAGACAUAGGAAACUGGCCUUAUGAGAUCUCUGACCCCAUGCGAAUGUCCAUAAUGAGCCUCGGUCCCGAAGUGGUGCGACACAUCGAAAGCGAUUUUGCUGGGACAGCUCGAUCAGGUGUAUCGGCCAGAGGUAGUGUCAGAAAUUUGACUCGAGAUUGGUUCUACCGGAGGUUGACGAACGGCGAGAAGAUUCUGAGAUCGUGGAUGAUGUAUUCACCGUCGAAGGGUGCGCUCUUCUGUUUCUGCUGCAAACUUUUCAGAAGAAACGCCUCCGUGGGAUCAGCAUUCGCUUCCACGGAUGGCUUUACUAAAUGGUGGAAACUCAACCCACGACUUGAUCAUCACGAGAGCAGCCAGGCACACAUUUCUUGCUUUACGCAAUGGAAGGCUCUGGAAAUGUCCAUUGAACACCGGGGUACCAUAGAUGAAGCAACUCAAGAGGCGAUUCGAUCGGCGGAGAGCAAAUGGAAGACUCUCCUCGAGCGCUUUCUAGAUAUCAUCCGGUUCAUUGCAAAGCAGAAUUUGGCCUUGCGGGGUCAUCGAGAGAGCCUCGAUGAUCAGUCGUUGACGAAUAAGGGAAACUUUCUAGAAUUGGUUCAACUCUUGUCGAAAUAUGACCCAGCUCUCAGAGAGCAUUACACGAAACUGCGAUUGGGAAGUAAGAACGAGAAAUCUUACAUGUCGCCAACGAUUCAGAACGAGAUAAUCGGUCUGUUAGGGAAUCAGGUUAGGAGAGAAAUCAUUGAGCAAGUUAAGGAGGCCAAGUAUUUCUGCAUCAUUUUUGACAGCACGCCUGACCUAUCACAUAAGGAUCAGAUGAGUCAUAUGUUGCGGUAUGUAAAAAUGGAUGGAAAGAAAGUUGAAGUAUUAGAAUCGUUCAUCGAUUUCAUUGAAGCCGAGGGCAAAACAGCGGAGGAGUUGACGAGCCUGAUCUUGGGAGCAAUCGCGACGGCCGGACUCGACAUCCAGAACUGUCGGGGUCAGGCGUAUGAUAACGCUUCCGUCAUGGCCGGUAAACAUUUAGGCGUUCAAGCGCGAAUCAGAGUGGUAAAUCCCUUCGCCCAAUUCGUAGCAUGCUCCAAUCAUUCAUUGAAUCUCGUUGGUGUUCAUGCCGCCGCCGAAGCUGUAGGCUCUGUUACCUUUUUUGGCACUCUGGAGCGUAUUUUCACGUUUUUCUCCUCGUCCACGGGUCGAUGGAGCAAGCUUAUCGCCGUUACGAAUUGCGGGGUGAAACGGACGAUCGAAACUCGUUGGAGCUCCCGGUACGAAGCAGUCCUCGUGACAAAGAAAUACUUUUCGGAAAUCCUAAAUGUUCUAGAACGACUAACAGGGAUCGACGAGAACACGGCAACGCGAUCGGAUGCCGGGCUUCUCCUGCGAGCUUUGGAGUCGUUCUCCUUCUUGUGCUAUUUGAGUUUCUGGUCCGAUAUACUUCGUGAAAUAAAUGAUGCUCAGCGGUACUUGCAAACGAGGGGCCUUGAUAUCCAUAAGAGCGCUCUGAAAAUUGGUGCAUUGAAGGAGUGGCUCAGUUGCGAACGAGACGACAUUAUUUCCAAUGGUUUUGAUUACGCAAAAAGUCUUUGCGAUGAUCUCGGAAUUGAGAUUCCGUCUCGUCGCAUCAGGAAACGCAGGAAACAAUUCGACGACACAUCCGAGGAUGCCAAUCUGACUUUCGAGCAGGAACUCAAACGUGAAAUGUACGCUUCUUCUGAUAGGAUCCUUCAGGAGAUGACGACGAGAUUCGAACAGCUGCGAGACUUGGACGAAAAGUUCGGCUUCUUGAAACCCGCGCAGCUCCUGGAGGAGAAUUCUGAGAGCGAUCUCGACCACGCCCCCCCUGACAUCGACAGAGCAGAAUUCCUGGAGGAGCAGAAAAGGCUGCAACAGUUCGUGAAAGUCUGCUCAGAGCAAGAAAGGACCCGUAUCAUGAACGAAGGGCCCCUGGAGCUCCUACAGUUCAUCCGAGAAUUCAACCUCGAUAUCUGUGUGCCGAACAUCGUAAUUUGUUUGCGGAUAUUUCUGACAGUCGCAAUCAGUUCGGCCAGUUGCGAGAGAAGUUUCUCGAAGUUGAAGCUCAUCAAGAGCUACAUGCGGUCCACUAUGAGUCAAGCGCGGCUGUCCAACCUCGCGAUUCUCUCCAUAGAAAAUGAGAUCGCAAGCAGGAUUGACAUGGAGGGAGCGAUCAAGGAGUUCGCGACUCUGAAGGCGCGUCGAGUGCGAUUCUAA